GGCGCCGCGGCGCUCCUCGGCGCGACGGCCGUGAGCCUGUCGCUCGCGAACGGCCCGUCGUCGGCGUGGUGGGUCGGCCUCUGGGAGUCGCCUUUGGGCCCCGCCAUCGGCGGCCACGCGCUCAGCGCGCGCGCCUGGGUCAACGAGGGCCUCAUGGGCGUCUUCUUCUUCCUCGUCGGCCUCGAGAUCAAGGAGGAGCUGCGGCACGGCGCGCUCACGUCGGUCAAGAAGGCGGCGCUGCCGGCCAUCGCGGCUUUAGGCGGCAUGGUCACGCCCAUGGCCGUCUACGCGGCGGCGCAGGGCUUCCUGCCCGUCGCGGCGCGGUCGCUGAGCGGCCUCGCCGUGCCCAUGGCGACGGACAUCGCGUUCGCGAUGGCCAUCUUCGGCCUCUUCCGGAGCAAGAUGCCCGCGUCGUCGAGCGCGUUCCUGCUGACGCUGGCGACCGUCGACGACUUCGGGGCCAUCUUCGUCCUCGCGACGUGCUUCGCGGCGAACGUGUCGCUCGGCUUCCUCGGCCUCGCGUCCGCGCUCACGGCGGCCCUCGGGUGGAUCGGCUGCGGCCCGCGCAAGUGCAACGACGCGCGCGUCUUCACGGCGGGCGGCGUCGGCAUCUGGUGGUCCCUGCUCCGCGCGGGCGUGUCCGCGGAGGUCGCGGGCGUCCUCGCGGCGCUCUGCGUGUCCACGACGGCCGAGGGGCCCCCGGGCGCCAUCGAGGACCCGCUCGCGGAGCGCAUGAUCCGCCGGCUCGCGCCCCUGUCGACCUUCGGCAUCAUGCCCCUCUUCGCCCUCGCGAACACGGGCAUCCCGCUCAUGGGCGUCAUGAAGGGCGUCUCCGGCCCCGGCGCGGGCGCGGCCGCGGGCAUCGCCGCGGGCCUCGUCCUCGGCAAGCCGCUGGGCAUCUUCGGCUUCACGUGGCUGGCGACGAAGCUCAACAUCGCCGACAUGCCCACGGGCAUGGGCAACAACCACCUCUCCAUCGUCUCCAUGCUCGGCGCCAUCGGCUUCACGAUGUGCCUCCUGCUCACGGAGGUCGCGAUCCCGGCCCCGAUCCAGGCGCUCCCGAAGCUCUCCGUGCUCGUCGCGAGCACCGCGGCCUGCGUC